AUGGCCUCGUGUAAUACAAAUGGACUUCUAAAGUAUUAUGCAGAUGUCAUUCUAAAUGGGGAUAAUCUUAUUUCAUUUACUCAACCCCACAGUCAUUUUGAUAACGACGAUUCUAUUAAAAGAAAAUCUACUAAUAUAAUGGCUCCUAGAACAGAUCCUUCUUUUAUUUCAAUACCCGUGCAAGUAAACGGUAGUACCUCUGAUGUUGUUAAAAACGAAUGUAUAAUGGAAAAUGAGGCUGAACAGUCUGUGACUUCUCAACAGGUUUCAUCUGAUAAAUUACAGAGUAGUCUUGUCACCACUGAUAACGAAACAAUAAUUUCAAGUUCACAAGUUGAUCAUGCUCAAAAAAACGUUCAGAAUGAAACUGUUCGCGACAAAUUAAUUGACUAUGAUAAAGCUAUUCAAAAUCAUUCUUUGCUUACGCAACGUUUAUCUGUUUGUUCUCAGCGCUUAUAUCACAAUCACACUAGAGCGCUCAGCUUAUUAACACGUUUACUCGCCUGCAACUCAUCUGCAUCGGAAGAUGAAUUACUCUCUACUGAUUCCUUACCUAGUAUCAUAUCACCGAACUUGACAUAUGAAGAUACAGAAAGUAGUACCGACGACGAAGCUGAAAUGAAGAAGGCUUUGUCCAGCUCUGAACAGUCUUGGUUGUAUACUCGUUCUGUAACACAUUCAAACUGGCACUGGUUAUGUACAGAAAUAAAACGUGCUGAAAAAUGUUUGAAAAAUCUUUAUAUGUUAAAAAAUAACUCAAAUAAUUUGGAAAAAUUGUCUCAGUGUCAAAGUAGUGAUGAUAAUAAUAUUGAAAAUGAUGAUGCAGAAGUUAGUUGUUCUCGUACAUCCCCAUAUAUACAUACCAACAAACGAAAACGACAUACUUAUCACGAUCUCUCUUCACCUAAAUGCAUUGAUGUAAUAAAGGAACUACACAAACGUUCUCUUGGUGAUCCUCACAUUAAAUGCUCUUGCAUUCCUCCAUUUGUUGGACCGUGCAUUUUAUGCUGUGGGUCUGAACCAAAUUCUGAUCACAUGGGAUUGGCAGAUAAAUCAGGUGAACUUGAUAUACUUAUGUCAGCUCACUCGUUAUGUAGCCACAUUCAUCCUAAAUUGUCAGUUCCAGGAGCUUCUGGUGUUACUGAUUCCAGUCGAUUUGUUUCAAAUCAAAUUUUGAAAGAAUUCCAAAAAUUUCAAGAUUUAAUUCGUCGUCCUAUAGCAGCAGAAAUUUUACAACCAGAAAGAGAACUACUUCUUGGUUAUUUGGAAGUUUCUUUGAAAGAGUUUCAUGAAGAAUUUCUAUCCAGAUCAAGUUCCACUAAUGCAUCAUCACAUCAACAUUCACUUCGUGAACAAUCACAAAAGAAAUCUUUAAAAAUUAUAACCAAUAAUAUUUCCGAUUGUAUCAAUCAAAUUCUUUGGGGAGGACAAUUGAAAUGUCGUGUACAAGAAGAUUUUACAUUUGUUAAAUUUUUUCUAUCUGAUUUACAACGUUUCAAUGCAUAUGAACAGGAAGCGUUGAAUUUAAUUGAACAAAUUGAAGAAUGGCACAAUGAACAAUUUCAAAAAUGGUCACGUGAUAGACUCUCAUCACUUUCAACAAAUAAAGAUUCAAAUCAAUCCUCGUUAGCAUUUGAUCUAAAUGGACCCCUCUUGAAUUUAUCUACAGUUGAUGGUCAUUUAGAAGUUGGUUUUCCUGAUGGUUUAGCUCAAUUACAACGAGAAGUACGACUAUUAGCUGGAUUGGGUUAUCCAAUACCUUCUAAACUAAUACAAGCUACAAAUCAGGCUGAGAAGAUAUCACAAUAUGCAGUAAUGUUGAGACAGGUAGCUCAUUUCUAUAAUUCAAUUGAUAGUGAAAUGUUACCAUUUCAAAAACCAUUAAUGUUAAAUUCAGCAUUGGCUUUUGAACGUUUAAUUAAAUCACAAAGUAAUAAACAAAAUUUUUCUAAAGAAAAUUUAUUAAAUUCAAUUACAACAACAACAUCCGAUGAAAUUCAACCAGUAGUACAACAAUAUAUUUUACAAUUACAACAAGCAACACAACAGUUAAUAUUUGAAAAUCGUCGACUACGUAAAGUACAUUAUAUACUGAUAGAAAGAAUCAUCAAACUAUUAGACAUUGACUUAUUGCGCAAUCAAUGCAAAUGGAGAAAUGAACUCAAUGAAAUGCGAUAUCAAUUAUCUGAAAUCGCAACCAGUGGCAAUUAUCCAACUAAUCAUAUGGCAGCAUGGCGUGCAUUUCUUGAUUAUCAAUUAUACAAAGUAUUGGAAUAUCAAUAUAGAAGAGGUUUAGAAGAAUUGAAUGAACGUAUGCCUGAAAUGCGUGUUGAUAUGGUUUAUUUACAGUCGUGUUUAACAUUUCGUCCACCAUUUGAAGAGAUUAAAGCGAAAUAUUAUCGUGAAUUAAAAAAAUUCAUUUGUAUUCCAAAUAAUUUUCGUGGAUUCAAUGAACAUAUUCAAUCUGCUGGCGAUACUAAUUAUAUUACUGACAGUACAGAUAGUACUACAACAACUACUACUAAUACUACUACUACAUCUACUCACAAAAAACAUAUCUUCUCAUCUAUCAUUGAUAAUCAAGAAAGCGCUUUACGGAUAUGUUAUAAAAAAGCUGAAUUCUUAUUUACUCGACUAUUUGGCAGUUUAAAACAAUUUCAAGAUUGGGUUAUAUUGGGUAGUAUAAAUUUAGACGAUUUUGUUGAUACGCAUUGUCGUGAUUUGGAAGAUUUUGAAAAGAAUUUCAAGACUCUUAAAAUCCGCAGUCGUGAUGCAGAAAAAUUACCAACUGAAAUACGUAUUGAUUGUAUUGUAGUGAAUUGUUUGCCAGUUCGAAUGGCUAUCAAUGGUUUAUUGCAGAAUUUAUUUGAUACGCUGCAAAAUUGUUUACGUAGAUCGAUUCAUGGAGAUUUAAUUGCUGCAGAUGGAUUUUUAACAGAUUCAUUAGAGAAACUUUCCAAUCGACCUCAAACUAUUGAUGAAUUAAUUGAAGCUAAAUCGCAAUACAAUGAAUAUAGCAAAAUAUUGAACAAUUUACAUGAACAAAUUCAAUGUGCUGACAAGAAAAAUCAAUUACUUUGUACAAUCUCCGGUAAUGGUGUGACAACAAUUAAUACAAUUAAAACAAAAUGGGAAAAAUUCAAUACAAUGAUGGAAAGUUUUCAAUUUAUCAUGAAUGAACAAUUAGAAAUUUUAAAAUCAAGUGUCAUCAAUGAAACAAAUGUUUAUUUGAAUAAUUUGGAACGUUUUAAAACACGUUGGAAUCAAUUGAAACCAGGCAAAAAUGUAUCAGUUUCUGAUAACAAUAAAAAUAAUGAACUAGGUCUAUCUGUUAUCACUAUCAUCAAAGAACAUGAAACUGAAUUUCGUGAAUUGGAACAGAUGCAUCAAAAGUUAAUACGUGAUUAUGAGUAUUUUGAUAUGCCUAAACCGGAAUUCACAUUAGUGACUGAAUUAGCCAAUGAUUUAAAUCAUUAUUCAGCUAUGUGGUUAGAAUAUGAUAAUUUUUGUCAAGAACUUCAAAAUUAUGCUAAAGAAGAUUGGAUAUCAUUUAAAUCACGUUAUUAUGUAUUUGAAGAAUUUCUAACUGAAUGGUCUAAUAAAAUUCGAUCAUUACAACCAACUCCAAUGACUGUUCGUCUGCAAAAAGAAAUCGAUCAAUUUAUGAAUCUUAUACCAGUUUUGAAAUGGUUAAAAGGUGAUCAUUUAACAAGAGAUCAUUGGUUUGAAUUAUUUCGUCUGAUUGGUUUGCCAAAAGAAUCAAAAUUGGAGAAUUUACUGUUUGGUGACUUUUUCCCAAUUAUAUCUAAUAUAAUUCAUCAAUCGGAUGCAUUGAAAUCAUUGUCACAACGUGCACAAGCUGAAAUUGUUGUUCGUGAAGCUUUACAUGAAUUAGAUUUAUGGGGUGCUAGUACUACAUUCACACUAACUGAAUAUAUUGAUAGUUCUGGACAAACUGUGUAUUUAGUAAAAGAUUGGAAAGAUAUUGUCAGUCAGGUUGGAGAUAAUAUGGCCCUAUUGGCUUCAUUACACGACUCCCCGUAUAUUGAUAGUUUUUCAGAUCGAUCCAAUGCUUGGGCACAACGUCUAUCUGAUUUAGAUUAUUGUUUGACUCGAUUUCAAUCGGUCCAACGUAAAUGGGUGUAUUUAGAACCAAUCAUGGGUCGUGGUUCAUUGCCAAAAGAAACUGCACGAUAUGCACAAAUUGAUGAAGAAUUUCGUAGACUACUUGGUUAUUUAAAAGUAGAUAGUCGUGUUGUUAGUUUAGUUAGUGGUAUGAAAGGUAAAGCUUUAAAGGACACGUUAAAUAAUCUACAGAUUAUUCAAGAUGCAUUGAAAUGUGGCACACCACAAAUCAAUUUACUCGGUCACACUGUAAAUGUUGACCCUAAUUCUGGAAUAUUCAUCACCUUGAAUCCUAUCGCUAAAGGUUAUGGUGGACGUCAAAAAUUACCAGAUAAUUUAAAACAAUUAUUUCGACCAAUUUCAAUGACAGAACCAGAUAUUGAUUUGAUAGCUGAAAUGAUUUUAUUUUCUGAAGGAUUUUUCAAUGCCCAAUUAUUAGGUCGCAAAUUGGUUUCGAUUUUCUCAUUGGCUAAACAACUUCUCUCAGUACAACAACAUUACGAUUGGGGUUUGAGAGCAUUGAAAACUAUAUUACGUUGUGCUGGGAAAGUGUUAAAUGCUCAUAAACAAAAUUAUUAUACAAAUAAAUUGAACAAUCAUGAUCGUAAACAAUUUGAACAAAAUUCAUAUGAUUAUGAAGCACGUAUUGUAAUACAAGUCACAAAAACCAAUACAUUAGCUAAAUUAACCGAUGAUGAUGCACAGCGUUUUGAAAAUCUCAUUCAUGAUGUAUUUCCUGAUUUCACUUUACAUAAUGUACCAUUUGAAAAUCAAGAAUUAGCCAAAUUGAUUGAUUCAAUGCAUUCCGUUAUAAAAGAACAUCAUAUGAUAUUGAUCGAUGUUCAGAUUCAAAAAGCUAUUGAAUUAUAUGAACAAUUAUCACAACGUAUGGGUGUUGUUCUAGUUGGACCAUCUGGUUCUGGGAAAUCAACCGUUUUAAAUUUAUUACGUUUAGCAUUAAAUAAAAUGGGUAUGCCAGUACGUUCACAUAUAUUUAAUCCUAAAUCUAUGUUACGUGUACAAUUACUUGGUCGAAUUGAUGCAGACACUAGAGAGUGGACCGACGGUGUGUUGACACAAAGUGCAAGAUGUAUUGUUAAAGAAAGUAUGGAUCAAAAAUGUUGGAUUAUCGCUGACGGUGAUAUUGAUCCAGAAUGGAUUGAAUCAUUGAAUUCUGUGUUAGAUGAUAAUCAUUUAUUAACCUUGCCAAAUGGUGAACGUAUACAAUUUGAUACAAAUGUGAAUUUUCUAUUUGAAACACAUGAGCUGAUUCAUGCUAGUCCAGCAACGAUUUCACGAAUGGGUGUUAUUUAUAUGAGUGAUAAAGCAGUUGAUCCGCAUGCCCUUGUUGAAGCAUGGUUAAUGCAUCAACCGGAUAGUGAACAAAAUCAAUUGAAACGCUUAAUCGAUUCAACAUUUUAUCAAUGUUUAGAAUGGGUCUAUGAAAAAAAUGAAUUUGUCGUUGAUACCAGUUCUGCUGCGAUCAUAUUUAAUGGUCUUUCUCAUUUAGUUGGAGCAAUCACACCAGCAUUAUUUACUGUCGGUCUAAUACGUGGAUUAGGCGCAAAUCUCACUGAAUCUGCACGUAAUGAAUUAGCUAUGAAAGUCUACGAAGCUACAGGUGAAAAUCCACCUGAUAUAACUAGACCAUUAAAUGUACAAGUGAGUAGAGAUUUUUUUUGUCAUUCUCAUCAAUACUACUUGCAUGUUUAUAUUUAUUUAGUAUUAUAA